GAGAUGGUAAUAGGCUACAUCACCAGACAUAUAGGCAUAUAUUUUAAACAGCACGUGGUUUAAACGUGGUUUUCAUCUUGACACAUAUCUGGCAUUUACUGAGUGUGUGUAGGCAGAGUGUGUGUGUUUCAGGAAGAGAGAGCACGCGCGCCUGUGUGUAAGCGACAGAGAGGCAGAGCUGGCGGUCAGUUUGAUGCAGAUCUUCAGACCGGAGAGAUACGUGGCCAUAUGAAACUGGACUACCCAGUCAGAGAAGACAAGUUUGAGCCAUCGCUGAGUGCUCCAACCAACAUGAAGAUUUAUGUGUGUGUGUUUGUGUGUGUGUGUUGUUCCAUCACAGUUACAUGUUAGUGUGAAAAUGUUUGAAGAGAUAACUGUGGGUGUGUGUUUGUCAAAGGUGAAGUAGUAUGACUGUGAGCAGUGUGAUGGUGUUAAACAUGUCAGAGGAGGACACCAUAAACUGCACCAUCAGCCAUGAAAUCCACCAGUACCUCUUCUCCUGUGUGUAUAUACUUGUGCUGUUGGUUGGUGUUCCCUCCAAUCUGUACUCUUUGUACCACGCUGCUCUGCAGCUGAAGCAGAAGAAUGAGCUGGGAGUUUAUUUAAUGAACCUUACUGUGUCUGAUCUGUUAUACCUGGCAUCAUUGCCACUGUGGCUACAGUACUUCUUUCAGGAUGAUGAUUGGAGUCACAGGGAGUGGCUGUGUCAGCUGUGUGGCUUCCUGCUCUAUGAAAACAUCUACAUCAGCAUCGGUUUCCUGUGCUGUAUUAGUCUGGAUCGCUACCUGGCUGUGGUCCACCCUUUAAGGUUCACUUCUCUUCGCUCUAUGAACGCAGCAUGGCUUGUUACUGCCAUCAUCUGGCUGAAGGAGAUUGCUGUGGGUGUGGUUUUCUUUCGCCAUAAAGAACUGAGCAAAGACCGCAAGAACCAAUCAGUGUGCUUUGAGCACUACCCCAUGCAGCCGUGGGAGUAUCCAAUCAACUAUUACCGCUUCACUAUUGGCUUCAUGUUCCCACUGGCUAUUCUAUCGAUCAGCUACCUGUGCGUCCUUCGUGCUGUGGGUCGGAGCGCUGGGACCCAGCCUGAUCAGAAGACGAGAGUCAGGCAGUUAGUCAGCAGCACCAUCCUCAUCUUCCUCGUCUGCUUCUCUCCUUACCACGUCUUCCUGUUAGUACGCACCCUGUUUGAGCGGGACUGUUACUUCAUCACAGGAAUAUUUAACUACUACCACCUGUCGUUGUUGCUGACCACCCUAAACUGUGUUGCUGACCCUGCUCUGUACUGCUUUGUAAGUGAAAGUGCCCGCCAUGGCUUGUACAGAGCCAUAUUCCAGCCUGUUGGCAGGAUACUGUGCUGCUGCCUUCGCCGUGGCAAUGCCAGCCCUGCCAACCCAGCCACAGAUUCCCAUGAGGUUGCAACUGAUGAGAACAACGGUCAUCCGACUGUGAUGCUACUCACGCACACCAGCACAUUCAACUCAAAAUCAGACACUUCCAGCAAAAAGAAAAUUUUAAUCACACAGACUAAUGAAAAAACUAUCACACCCUUAAUUGUCCAAAAUGAUAGACACUCUGACAAAUAUGUGGGCAGUGAUGGAAAGCCCAGCUGUGUGAUAGCCAUGGAAGAGCAGAGCCAAGACACAGAGAGGACUGAAGAGACUGACAAGAAUUCCAGCUGAAACAGUCUGAGGAGCAAAUUGCGCUAGUACAGGCCUCAGAGCAGUGGGAUCAACAGGGCAAGACUGCUUGUAAAGGCACAGUCUAGCAGUGGCCCUGAGAGCCUGCUGCCCACCAAGCUAUGUUUACAUCAUCAUCAUCAUAUCAGAUUAUAUCAUAUCAUCAUCAUCAUCAUCAUCAUCAUCAUCAUCAUCCAGUGGCAUUAGACUGAAAACCAUUUCGUCUCUCUCACAAGUGAUUUAUCUUCGCUUUACUACAACAACAGCCAAUGUGUGAGAGCUCAACAUAAAUCUGGCAUCUGCUUUGCCACUGUAAAUCCCCUGUUUACAUUUGUCUGGUUUGUAGAGAUAGGAGCAAAUUGGAGGUGUAGUUUGAAAGUGACAGAAGGUUACUAUGCGUCAGGAGGUCACAGUUAUUGACCCUUAAAGGAGUUUCCUUUAAAACAAUUGUGUUAUGCUGCCGCUUUCUAAUAAGGUACCCUUUCCCCAAGGUGCUUGUAAGUAAUGGCUUUAUGAAUGGUUAAAAAUGUAUUUAUUGAUGCUUUAUAGGUCAGUUGUAAGAAACCAUUAAAAAUGUUUGGGUUGCCUCAAGUCAAUGUAUGGUCAGGGAUAGAGAAAAUAAUGUCAGUCUACCUGCAAGGACAAAAACAGGUAACUAUAACCAUAACAUUACUUGUUUAAACAUGGCGUUUAACUAAAGCUACAGUAGGUAACUUUUAUAAAGGGUUAGGGUUAGGGGGAAACUGUCACUGUAUAUAUCCACUAAAUCCACACAGUAGUACAAAAAGUAGUUUUGACAGUUAGUCAAACAA